AUGCUCCCACUGCUGACUGUAAAUCAUGACCUUAUAAUCUCUUUCAUACUCCCAUUCCUUCUCUUUCUCUAUACUUUCUCUCCCUCUACAUCUAUUUUGUACCUCUUCUCCCUCUUUCUCACUAUCUCUCUAUUUCCUCUCUCUCUAUCUCUCACUAUCUCUUUGAUCCUUCUCUUUAUUUCUCUCUCUCUCCUUUUUCUCACCCUAUCUCUCUAUCUCUCUCUCGUGAUCCCUCCUCUAUCUCUUCAACCCCUCUCUCUCUCUCUCCUCUCCCUACCUCCCUCCUUCUUCUCUUUCAUUUCCUUUCUCUUUUUCUCUUCAACCUCCCUCUCCCCUACCCCCCUCUCUUUCUCCUCUUUUUUCUCUCUCAACCUCCCUCUCUCCCUAACCCCUCUCCUCUUCUCUUCUCUUUUUCUGUUUCUUCCCCUAACCUCCUCUCCCCCCUCUCUCUUCCUCCCUUUCCCCUCUCUCUCUCUCCCUUCUUCUCUCGUAUCUCUUCAUCCCUCCCCUCUCUUUCCCCUCUCUCUCACUUCUCUCUCUCUUCUCUUUAUUUCUGCUCCUUCUCCCUCUCUCUCUACCUCCCCCUCUCUCUCUCUCUCUCUCUCCUCUCGUGAUCCCUUCUUCUUCUCUUUCUAUCUCUUCCACCUCCCUCUCUAUCCUCUCUCUAUUUUCCCCCUCUCUCUCUCUCUCACUCUCGUGAUCCCUUCUCUUUUAUUUCUAUCUUCAACCUCUCUUCAACCUCCUCUCUCUCCCUCUUUAUUUCUAUCCUCUUCACCUCCCUCUCUCCUCUCCCCCCUCUCUAUUUCCCCUCUCUCUCUCUCUCUCACUCCUCCCUCCCUCUUUAUUUCUAUCUCUUCAACCUCCCUCUCUCUCCCUACCUCCCUCUCUCCCCCUCUCUCCUCUCUCUAUUUCCCCUCUCUUUAUUUCUUCUUUCACUCCUCUCUCUCCCUAUCCCUUCUCUUUUCCCCCUUUCUAUCUCUUCUCGUGACCUCCCCUCUUUACCCCCCCUCUCUCUCCUCCCUCCCUUUCUCCCCCCCCUCUCUCUCUCUCUCACUCUCUUUGAUCCUUCCCUCCCUACCUCUCUUUAUUUCCCCUCUCUCCUGCUCUCCUCUCGUGACCUCCCUCUUUAUUUCUAUCUCUUCAACCUCCCUCUCUCUCUCCCUACCUCCCUCUCUCUAUUUCCCCCUCUCUCUCUCUCUCACUCUCGUGAUCCCUUCUCCUCUUUAUUUCUAUCUCUUCAACCUCCCUCUCUCCCUACCUCCCUCUCUCUAUUUCCCUCUCUCUCUCACUCUCGUGAUCCUCCUCCUCUUUAUCCUUCUUCUCUUCCCUACCUCCCUCUCUAUUUCUCUCUCUCUUCAACCUCCCUCUCUCUAUCUCUUCCCCCCUCUCUCCCUACCCCUCCUCUUCAACUCCCUCUCUCGUGAUCCCUUCUUCCCUCUUUUUAUUUCUAUCUCUUCAACCUCUCCCCCCCUCUCUCUCCCAUUUUCCCUUCUCUCUUAUUUCCCCCCUCUCUCUCUCUCCCCCCCUCCUCUCUCUCAGUCUCGUGAUCCCCUUCUCCUCCCUCUCUCUCCCUUCCUCCCUUCUCUCUCUCUCAUCCCUUCUCUUUAUUUCUGUCUCUUCAACCUCCUCUCUCUCUACCUCCCCUCUCUCCCUCUCUCUCCCUCUCCUUUCGCGCCCCUAUCUCUCUUUCUCUCCCUCUCUCCCUUUACCUCUCUCUCCUUCCCCCUCUCUCUCUUUUUCGUGAUCCCUUCUCUUUUUUUCUAUCUCUUCAACCUCCCUCUCUCUCUACCUCCCUCUCUCUCUCGUGAUCCCUUCUUCUCUUUAUUUCUAUCUCUUCAACCUCCUCUCUCCCCUCCUCCCCUCUCUCUCUCCCUUCUCCCUUUUCUAUCUCUUCAACCUCCCUCUCUCCCUAUCCCUCUCUCUCUCUUUCGUUUCUUCUCUUUAUUUCUUCAACCUCCUCUCUCUCUUUCCCCUCUCUCCUCUCCCUCUCUUCUCCUCCUCUAUCUCUUCAACCUCCCUCUCUCUAUUUCCCCUCUCUCUCUCCUCUCUCUCUAUCUCUUCAACCUCCCUCCCCUCCCUUUAUUUCUCUCAUCUCUCUCUCUCUCUCGUGAUCCUUCCCCCUCUCUCCCUCCCUCCCUCUCUCUAUUUUCCCCUCUCUCUCUCUCUCUCUCUGAUCCUCCUCCUCUUUAUUUCCUCUUCCCCCCCUCUUUCUAUUUCUCUCUCUUCAAUCCUCCCUCUUUAUUUCUCUCUUCAACCUCCCUCUCUCCCUCCUCUCUCUAUUUCCCCUCUCUCUCUCUCACUCUCGUGAUCCCUUCCUCUCUUUAUUUCUAUCUCUUCAACCUCCCUCUCUCUCCCUACCUCCCUCUCUCUAUUUCCCCUCUCUCUCUCUCUCUCGUGAUCCCUCCUCCUCUUUAUUUCUAUCUCUUCAACCACAAUCUCUUUUAUUCUAUCACCCUCUUUAUAUUCUUUUUUGAUUAUCCCUCUCUCUCUCUUCCAUUUUGGCCUUUUUUUGUGUUGUUUUCUUCUUUUCUUCUUUCAUUCCUUCUCUCUUCCUUUUUCUCCCUCUCAAAUUUCUAUUUAAAGCCUUUUAACCUCAUCGUCUCUUAA